CUCGACACGCAGUACCGGAUGCACCCCUCCCUCGCCACCUUCGUCUCCACCUGCUUCUACCGCGGCAAGUACCUCUCCGGCGUGGCCGACGCCAAGAGGCCGCAGCCGCGCGGGCUGCGCUGGCCGUCUCCCUCGUGCAACGCUGCGCUGCUCGUCUCCGGGUCGGGCGAGGAGGGCGCGGGCCAGUCGAAGCGCAACCCCGGCGAGGCGAGCGCCGUCGUCUCGCUGCUGCGCGACCUGCGGCCGGCCGAGGUCGGCGUCGUCACUCCAUACGGCGCGCAGGUCGGCCUGCUGCGCCAGCAGGUGAGCAGCCUGCCCGGAGGGCGCGAGAUCGAGGUCAAGUCGGUGGACGGCUUCCAGGGGCGCGAGAAGGAGCUCAUCGUCUUCUCGGCCGUCCGCUCCAACCGCUCCGGCUCGCUCGGCUUCGUCUCGGACGCGCGGCGGCUGAACGUGAUGCUGACGCGCGCCAAGCGCGGCCUCGUCAUCGUCGGCGACCCGACGACGCUCGUGCGGUCGCGCCACUGGGCCGACUGGCUCGAGUGGAUCGAGGGGCAACGCGCCGUGCUC